CUAAUUUUUGUCGUUUCUGAAACGACCAAGAAACAAAAAUUCAACUUACUGUUUUAUUAAAAUGCAAUACUCGGCCAUUAAAGUAGAUCUGUCGGACUUCUUCAGCGAUAAGCGGAAGUGCUCUCUAUUGCUAAUCGACCCUGAGUGGAAGACAAUAGUAAAUCUGAUUCAACACAUCGAACAUCUUUUCCAUCUUGGGAACAUCAGUUUGCUAACAAACGACGGUUGUUUCCUUCCACCUCAAGAGUCUAUCAAGGUGCUUUUUGCUCAUUCGACGGAGUCGCUCAAGGCUUUCGUUUUAGAUGUAUGUGAUAAUGAGAAUAGCUCAAAUGUACAACCAAAACUCAGUCAAAAGCGCAAAAAUCGCUCUAUAGAAGAUACCGACUUUACAAGCUCUACACCUAACCAACCAAAACGAAGUAAAAAUGGUUCAAUUGUCUCACUUCCACCUGAAUCAUAUAUUGACGAUGACCGGCAGCACGUACAAGACGCAUCGAUCGACAGUAAAAGCUGCCUUGCGGGCCAAGCUAGAUCCCAACCCCAAACUUCUACUGCUUGUGCAGAUAAAUCUAUGGAUGUUGAAAUAAAUAUAACCCAAAGAGAAAUUACUCGUAAUGGAGCAAAUGAAAGUAAAAUUUCGCGAAAAUCCAAGAAAAGCGCCAAAUUAAAUGGUGCAAAAGUAAAUGACAGUACAAAUUCGCACAUUAUUUUUAACGAUGAUGAUACAGCCUCUACCACUAAAGAUACAUCAGCUGCAACAGAAAGUAUAGAAGAAGCAAUCAAAUUUCGUUGCCCAUUAAUGGAAGUUGAUCCUAAUAAACCACGCAUAUUUAAAUUACCACACAAGUUAAAACAAAUAAAAAUAUUGGAGAACAUUUUAUUGGCUGCUCCACCUCCAUCAAAAGAGAAAGAAGAGUCUACAUAUUCAGUUCCGCUUGUAAACGAAGGAGCAAUUAAGAAAUCUGGAGAUGAGCAAUCAAUGGAUGAGGGCGAACAACUUUCAGACGCUGUUGAUAUUAUAGAAAAUAUUGAAAAAUCAAUAUCGCCACCAAUACAGGAUUGUACAGAAGGAGAAAGUACGCAAAUAUAUUCAGAAGAUUCCGAUGAUAGCGUUAUGGUGCUAGACGACACUAAAGUGGACUCUGACCCGGAUGUCGUGCCUGUUUCAGCUGGCGAGGAUCAUGACAUGAUUAGGGAUCUACUGCUUGACUCAAUACCAUUAACAGCACUGCCACGUGUAGGUGACACAACACUAUUUAAAAUACCCAAGCAGAAAGGGUGCAAAAAGUCCGGAUUUACCAACUAUAUAGCCGGAGUCUGCUCUUAUGUCAAUUCUCGAAGCAAAUUAAUAAGUUUUACAAUUUUAGCAUGUCCCUCGGAAUUCCGCAGUUUUCUUGUUCAAUACAGUACAAAUCUCGAAGACUCCCGUGCAAAUGUGUCUACGGUAAAUUUGAAAUUGAAUGAACUUGAAGAGCCAAAAUAUGUGGUUCCGGCUCUAGAAUAAUGUAAUCCUCAUUGUUUGUAUUUUCGUACGAUCAAAUCAAAUACAACUAACAUAUGUGUACAUGUAUA